UUUUUAUCAUGAAAAAUAUAAGAAGGCCCUCUCAAACUUUAAAAAUGGCAAUCGAAGAGCUUUGGGAUGAUAGUGACCUGACUGUUAGCGAAGAAACUUCUAAUAACAUGCCUCGUCAAACACUGAAUAAGACCAGACAAUUUGACAAUACUAUGAAAAAUAAUAAAGGGAAGAUCAAGUCGGAGGACCUAUCCGAUUAUGUACUAAAGAAAAAGAGCCUUCACCAUCAUUCAUCCCUGCUGGAUAUACCAAUACAAUCAUUCGGUGAAGAGGAGAAGAGAAAUUGUGAACAAGAAGAAAAAGAAGAGAAGUUCUUAAAACCAGCAUUUAUCCGUGCAAACAUUGAGGGAACUGCUUCUACUACAAAAGAAGGCGCUCAAAUCCUAUCAAACCUUCGUAGGAUUUCUUCAAGUGAAUUACUCAAGGUGAUCCUUUAAAUUCCCCAAAAUCCAGCCUCUUCUCCCAAAACAAGAUCUAAUU